CCCAGCGGCGAGCUCGAACCUCCCUCUCGCCGGCGGCCGAGGGUGAAGAGCGUGGCCGGAGCGGUGCUUGUCCGGAGAUGGCGGCGGUCGCAGUAAGCAGCGCCAAGCGGAGCCUGCGGGCGGAGCUGAAGCAGCGUUUGCGGGCCUUGAGCGCGGAGGAACGGCUGCGUCAGUCUCACCUCCUCACACAGAAGGUGAUUGCCCACGGUCAGUAUCAAAAUUCCAAAAGAAUUUCCAUCUUUCUGAGUAUGCAAGAUGAAAUCGAGACAGAAGAGAUCAUCAAGGACAUUUUCAAACAAGGCAAAAUCUGCUUCAUCCCUCGGUACCAUUUCCAGAGCAAUCACAUGGACAUGGUGAGAUUAAAAUCACCUGAAGAAAUCUCUUUACUUCCCAAGACAUCCUGGAAUAUUCACCAGCCUGCAGAGGAAGAUGUUCGGGAGGAGGCCUUAUCCACGGGUGGACUUGACCUCAUCAUCUUUCCAGGCCUGGGGUUUGAUAAAGAGGGCAACCGGCUGGGGCGGGGCAAGGGCUAUUACGACACCUACCUGAAGCGCUGUGUGCAGCAUCAGGAAGUGAGGCCCUACACCUUGGCUUUGGCUUUCAAAGAGCAGAUCUGUCCCCGGGUCCCAGUGGACGAGCACGACAUGAAGGUAGAUGAAGUCCUUUACGAAGACUCCCCAACAUCUCAAGCCAUAUGAUGACAGCCACACUCACUGCUUUGUACCACUGUGAAGAAAAUACGUGUAUUUUCCUCUUGUCAAAAAUGAGCCAAAAUGGUACAUUAAAGUGACUAUGGACUGUG